AUGGCUUGGAUGACUUACAUUUCCCACUGGUUUGAUGAAGAUGAUUGGUAUGAAGGACAACAACGAGCAAAAAUGUCACAGGUUAAACAAGUGGGACUUUUAGCUGCUGGAUGUCAGCCAUGGAACAAGGAUGUAUGUGCUGCUAGUGGGGACAGAUUUGCCUACUGUGCUACCCUUGCUAUUUAUAUUUAUCAGCUGGAUCACCGAUACAAUGAAUUCAAGCUCCGGGCAAUUAUGUCUGAGCAUAAGAAGACAAUCACAGCCAUAUCUUGGUGUCCCCACAAUCCUGACGUGUUUGCAAGUGCCAGUGCAGAUAGUUUAGUGAUUAUUUGGAAUGUGACUGAACAGAAAGUUGUGGCCAAGCUGGACAAUACAAAAGGAAUUCCUGCGUCACUUAGCUGGUGCUGGAAUGCAGGUGAUGCAGUUGCAUUUGUGUCCCACAGAGGUCCGUUGUACAUUUGGACUAUCUCAGGACCUGACAGCGGGGUAACUGUACAUAGAGAAGCACAUAGUUUCUUGUCAGAUAUCAGUCUGUUUAGAUGGCAUCCAAAGAAAAAAGGAAAAGUAGUAUUUGGACAUACUGAUGGAAGCCUAUCUAUUUUUCAGCCAGGUUCUAAAAAUCAGAAACAUGUCUUAAGACCAGAGUCUCUUGAAGGAACAGAUGAAGAGGAUCCAGUUACAGCGCUGGAGUGGGACCCUUUGUCAACUGACUACCUUCUUGUUGCUAAUUUACAUAAUGGUAUUCGACUAGUUGAUUCUGAAUCUCUGUCCUGUAUCACAACUUUUAAUUUUCCCAGUGCAGCAGCAUCUGUUCAGUGUUUAGCCUGGGUUUCUAGUGCACCUGGAAUGUUUAUAACUGGAGAUUCUCAGGUUGGUGUGUUACGUAUUUGGAAUGUUUCACGUACAACACCUAUAGAUAACUUUAAAUUGAAGAAAACUGGUUUCCAUGGUUUGCAUGUGCUAAGUUCUCCUCCAAAGAAAAAGUCAUGUUCAUCACAGUAUCCUACUAAAAAUCACCAUACAUCCUCAACAAGUGAGGCUGUUCCUCCUCCAACUUUAACCCAAAACCAAGCAUUUUCUCUUCCACCUGGUCACGCUGUCUGUUGCUUCAUGGAUGGUGGAGUGGGGCUUUACGACAUGGGAGCCAAAAAGUGGGAUUUCCUUAGAGAUUUGGGACAUGUUGAGACCAUCUUUGAUUGCAAAUUCAAACCUGAUAACCCUGAUCUUCUUGCUACAGCUUCAUUUGAUGGCACAAUAAAAGUUUGGGACAUAAAUACUUUAACAGCGGUUUACACAUCUCCUGGUAAUGAGGGGGUUAUUUAUUCCCUUUCUUGGGCUCCAGGAGAUCUGAACUGCAUAGCAGGUGCAACAUCCAGAAAUGGUGGCUUCAUCUGGGAUGUCCUAAAAGGCAAAAUGAUAACCAGAUUCAGUGAGCAUGGAAAGAAUGGAAUCUUCUGCAUUGCCUGGAGUCAUAAAGAUUCCAAAAGAAUAGCAACCUGCAGCGGUGAUGGAUUUUGUAUUAUUCGAACCAUUGAUGGCAAGGUUCUUCACAAGUACAAACAUCCAGCUGCAGUGUUUGGCUGUGAUUGGAGUCAAAACAACAAAGAUAUGAUAGCUACUGGAUGUGAGGAUAAAAAUGUUCGUGUUUACUACUUGGCAACCAGCUCUGAUCAGCCACUGAAAGUUUUUACAGGGCAUACUGCAAAGGUGUUUCAUGUACGGUGGUCUCCUCUGAGAGAAGGAAUCCUCUGCAGUGGCUCUGAUGAUGGUACUGUUCGAAUAUGGGAUUAUACACAGGAUGCCUGUAUAAAUGUUCUUAGUGGACAUACAGCUCCAGUACGGGGACUGAUGUGGAAUCCUGAAAUUCCUUACCUUCUAAUAUCCGGUAGUUGGGACUAUACAAUUCGAGUCUGGGACACAAGAGAUGGAACAUGUUUGGACACAGUUUAUGAUCAUGGUGCAGAUGUAUAUGGAUUAACAUGUCAUCCUAGUCGUCCGUUUACUAUGGCAUCUUGCUCUCGUGACUCCACUGUGAGACUCUGGUCAUUGACACCUCUUAUAAACCCUCUACAAAUAAAUAUCUUAGCAGAUAGAUGUUGGGAUGAGAUUAUUGGUAAUACAGAUCGUGCUGUGGAAUCUGGUGCUCCUCCUUUGCUCUGUGGUAAAGUUUCCAGGGAUAUUAAACAAGAAGUGGAAAAAUUGACAGGAAAUCCUCGAGGAAACAAGCUAAGGUGGUUUUCAGAAUGUUUUUCACCUCCAGGAGGCAGCAAAAAUUUAUGGGAUUUGGUUGCUGUAAUAAAAGGACAGGAUGACAGUUUGCUUCCACAAAACUACUGCAAAGGAAUUAUGCAUAUGAAACAUCUCAUUAGAUUUAGAAUGUCCAAGGCACAAGAACUGACAACAGUAAAAAUGUCCAAGUUUGGAGGUGGUAUUGGUGCACCAAGCAAAGAGGAGAGGCUUAAAGAAGCUGCAGAAAUACAUUUAAGAUUGGGACAAAUUCAGCGAUAUUGUGAACUAAUGGUAGAACUUGGAGAGUGGGACAAAGCGCUCUCAGUUGCACCUGGUGUAUCGAUGAAAUAUUGGAGGAAGUUAAUGCAAAGGAGAGCUGAUCAGUUAAUUCAGGAAGAAAAUGAUGAUGUCAUCCCAUACUGUAUAGCUAUCGGAGAUGUGAAGAAACUAGUCUCUUUCUUUACUUCAAGAGGCCAGCUUAAAGAGGCUCUUCUUGUUGCACAGACAGCUUGUGAGGGAAAUAUACAGAUGUCACCACUCUCCACAACAAGUGGAUCUUCAAAUUCUGGUGGAAACAAUACAGAUGAUUAUAACGAGCUUCUGCACAAGGUCAGUAAAGAACUGGCAGAAUGGUAUUUCCAGGAUGGCCAUGCGGUGCUUGCAGCAUGUUGCCAUCUGGCUGUUGAAAAUAUAGAGCUUGCGAUGGCAAACCUGAUUCGUGGAAAUGAACUGGAGUUGGCAAUCAGUGUGGGUACUGUCUUAGGAGAAAGUGCAGCACAAGCAACACAUUAUGCCCUAGAAUUACUAGCAAGAAAAUGUAUGACAGUAACAACAUGCUUUCCAUCACUUGGAUACAGUGUCAUCUUUUGUUUGUGCAGGGAUUUAGCAGCUGAUCUUCUUAUGAUGAUUCCUGAUAAUAAACUGCAGUUAGUAAAACUAUGUGCUUUUUAUCCUGGAUGCAUAGCAGAAAUAAAUGACCUGCAUGAAAAGUGUAAUCUUCCUGAUGUAGAAGAAUGUAUGCAGUUGGCAGAGACAAUUCAGGCAGAUGGGGAUAUAUUUGAAACUAUAAAGUACUAUCUGUUAAGCACAGAACCUGAAAAGGCUCUCCCUAUUGGCAUUCAGUAUGUGAAAGAACAACUUUGUGGCUCCGAUUGGACUUUAGAUUCAGUCUGUCCGUAUCUUGAUCUUCUAAGUUACAUACGCACUGAACGAUUAGUGUUGCAUAAAUGUAGUGAAUUUCGGAAUGAGUUGCUGAUUUUGUGUGGUUACAUUGGGGCUUUACUUGCUAUCAGAAGACAAUACAAUAGCAUUGUACCUGCACUUUAUGAGUAUACAAGUCAACUUUUAAAAAGACGGGAAGUAUCUGUACCUUUGAAAAUUGAACAGCUUUCUGAGGAGCUAGAUGCAUGGAGAGCUUGUACUCAAUUAAACAAGCCUAGCGAUGAAUUGCCGUGCACCCCGCCAUCUGAAGCACAGAGAAUGGUGUAUUCAAUACUCGUUUCACGAAUACAAGAGGAGCCUCUGAAAGGAAUGGUUGGGCCAGACUAUGUCACUGGAUCAAAUCUCCCUAGUCAUUCAGAUGUUCACAUCUCCUGUUUGACAGGGCUAAGGAUACAGGGUCCAGUGUUCUUCCUUGAAGAUGGAAAAUCUGCUGUUUCACUGAAUGAUGCUUUGAUGUGGGCCAAAGUGAAUCCUUUUUCACCACUAGGAACAGGAAUACGACUUAACCCAUUUUGAUGAGGUGUUUUCCUCUGUACUUUGUAGUGCUUAAAAUACCACUCUGGGCGUUAAUACUGAUUUAACCUUGAUUGUCAAAGGACAGAGAGAUGGCAGUAGACUCCUCCUGAAGGGCAAUUACUUGGACUUUGAAAAUUUCUGUACAGAUGUUUGUUGAUAAUCCAAAGAAAAAGUUAUUUGAGAAUCCAAAGAAAAAAAAAAAGUCCUAACUUCAUAGACAGCCAUGUCUUUUUUUAAAAUAAGAAUAGUGUUGUCAGAGAAUACAGACAUAUUUCAGUCAACUUUGUGUAAACAGAUGCCUUGUAAAGGAAGUAAGCAACUAUCUGCACAUUAUCAAAAUAUUGAUAACAAACUGUGAAAUCCAUAAACACACUUUCAAAUACAUAAUAAUAGAAUGACUUUAUUGAUAGCCACUGCAACCUAUUUUUAGAAUGACUGGAAUCCUGCUGCUGUUUCACACAUUGUGUCCCCCUUUUUAAUUUUAACUAAUUUUUACACACCGGAUUCUAUAGCAAAAGUAAAAUUUAAAAAGUGCUGAGAUGAUUUUUUUUUUUUAUCCAUUAGUUAUUGUGCUUUAAUAGCAGUACAAAGAUGUUUACUAAUGUUUUGUUUAGAUAGGUUUGAAUAUCUAGAUUAUAAAAUUCUAUUUUCUAAUAAGUUCAUCUUUAGCAACUGUCCCCCUUAUACUUUCACUGGAAGCU